AAUUUUUAACACAAAUAAUAUUAAUUACUAUCAUUUAAAUCGAAAAUUAUUAUAAGAAAUAGCAAUUAAACAUAAUUUUAUGUAUUAAGAAUCAUUAACGUUAAAAAAAAGAAUUUAGUUAUUUAAAUUAUGACUGGAUUUUAUUACUUUGUUAUUGUUGGACAUGGUGAUAAUCCAAUAUUUGAAAUGGAAUUUAUGUCAAGUAAAGAAGUUAAAAAAGAGGACCACAGUCAUUUAAAUCAAUUUAUAGCUCAUGCUUCACUUGAUCUUAUUGAUGAACUUAUGUGGAAAUCCAAUUCAAUGUAUUUAAAAAGUGUUGAUCGUUUUAACCAUUGGACAGUGUCAGCUUUUGUCACAGCUAGUCGUAUGAGAUUCAUCAUGGUACACGACUCUAAAAAUGAUGAAGGUAUCAAAAACUUUUUUACUGAAGUGUAUGAAAUGUUCAUAAAGUAUGUAAUGAAUCCAUUCUACAAACUCAAUAUGCCAAUAAAAUGCAGUUCAUUUGACAAAAAAGUACAAUUCUAUGGUCGUAAAUAUUUAAUAAGUUAAUAUUUAUGUUGCCAUCAAUUUAAUAUUCUAUGUGAUAUAUAAAUUAAUUUCCAUGUAUUAUAAUUAUAUAAGUGUUAGAUUUACAUAAAAACUAAACAAUAUAAUCUAAAUUCAUUGUUUCACAAACUCAAAUUCAAUUUAUUAAUAAAUUUUUAUUUAUUUGGGUAUUCAUGUAAAAUAUUUAGUAUUUAUUAAAAAUUAAACAAACAACACAUAAUUAUUAAAUAGAACAAUGCACAUUUAAGAAAAUGACUAAUUGUUCUUAAUGCAUGUUAUAAUACAAAUAUUAUUUGAAUUUGUAUUUAUUGAUUCCAUUUCAGUGGUUCGUAUGAAUCAUAUGGAACCUGUAACAUUAAUAUUUUUUUAAAUUUAAUACUAAUUAUAAUUAAAACUAUUAUGUCAUUAUCUUAAAUAUCUAUUAUAAUAAAAAUAUUCUUGCCAUCAAA